GCUAACGGUUAGCCUUUAGCUCCGGUGUUGUUAACCUGAUGCCGAGCCGAUUGAGGUCAACGCACGCCGGACGUACGCGCUCACGUUAACGGGAGAUAAACGGGGUUUUAUUAAGACACCAUGCGACGUGUGUCUAGCUAAUUUAACUUCGACGUCCGAGCUGUACAACUGACCAGCAGCAGGAUGGCCGAUGACCUGGACAUCGAGGCGAUGCUGGAUGCUCCGUACACAAAGGAGGACUCCAAGAACCCAAGCCCCAAUGGACAAGAGGAACGCCCCAAGAGGAAGAAGCGCAGCCGGGAGAAGAAGCGCAGCCAUGAGAAGAAGCGCAGCCGGAGCCGCGAGCGCAAACGCAGCCGCAGCAGAGAGAAGAGGAGAAGCCGUAGCAGAGAGCGUCGCAGCAGCAGGGAGAGGGGGGGGCGCUACAGGGACCACCACCAGCAACGCAGGCGUUCAAAGACUAAGAGUCCCGUCAGGAAGGAGAAGAGUCCAAUCAGGCCACCCAUGGAUAACCUGACUCCAGAGGAGCGUGAUGCGCGCACGGUCUUCUGCAUGCAGCUAGCCGCCAGGAUAAGACCCCGGGACCUGGAGGAUUUCUUUUCUGCUGUGGGGAAGGUUCGGGAUGUGAGGAUGAUUUCGGACAGGAACUCCCGCAAGUCCAAGGGCAUCGCCUACAUAGAGUUUGUGGAGACCAACUCCGUCCCACUGGCCAUUGGGCUGACUGGGCAAAGGCUGCUGGGAGUUCCCAUCAUUGUUCAGGCCUCGCAGGCGGAAAAGAACCGAGCAGCCGCAGCAGCGGCCGCAGCCAACAACCUGCAGAAGGGAUCAUCGGGACCGAUGAGGCUGUACGUCGGCUCUCUGCACUUCAACAUCACAGAGGAGAUGCUGAGAGGAAUUUUUGAGCCAUUUGGACGGAUUGAGAGCAUCCAGCUGAUGAUGGACAGUGACACUCGACAGUCUAAAGGCUACGGCUUCAUCACUUUUGCAGAUGCGGAGUGCGCCAAGAAAGCCCUGGAUCAGCUGAACGGCUUUGAGCUGGCUGGUCGACCCAUGAAGGUGGGUAAUGUGACAGAGCGGACCGACGCCUUUGCCUCCUUCCUGGACAGCGACGAGCUGGAGCGCAGCGGCAUUGACCUCGGGACCACCGGACGCCUGCAGCUGAUGGCCCGGCUCGCUGAGGGUACUGGUCUACAGAUGCCUCCCGCCGCUCAGCAGGCUCUGCAGAUGAGCGGAGUGAUCGCUAUGGGAGCCAUGGCUGCCGUGUCAGCUGCCAUGAAUCCGAACAUCAACAUGCACUCUUCUGCUCAGAGUGUUCCCUCUCACCCGCUCGCCACUCACUGCUUCCAGCUGUCCAACAUGUUCCACCCCAGCUGUGAGGAUCCUCCUGGUUGGGAGUUGGAUAUCCAGCACGAUGUCAUCGAGGAGUGCAACAAGCACGGGGGAGUUGUUCACAUCUACAUCGACAAGAACUCUGCGGAGGGAAACGUUUACGUGAAGUGUCCUUCGAUCCCUGCUGCUACGGCUGCAGUUAACGCUCUACACGGACGGUAUUUUGCUGGUAAGAUGAUCACAGCAGCUUACGUCCCGUUGCCCACCUACCAUAACCUGUUCCCGGACUCUGCCACCAACUCAGUGCAGCUGGCCCUUCCCCAGCGACGGUGACUCUCCAACGAAUCUCCCCUCGGGUUGGACAUUGGACUUUUGGAUAUCCUCCUCUCCUAUUGGACGACACAGACGAGUCAGUUUCACUUCUGUUUAUCAGGUCCGAGAGGAAGGACGCUGUUUUUUCCUCUUCUUCCUGUUUUACUUCCUGUUCAUUCUCAUUAGAAUUUCUGGGCGUGGCCUGUUUUGUGUAUCGUCCAAUGAUUGAGCUCUGUGAGCUGUGAGGAGGCCGACUGAUGAUGAUGAUGUCAGCCGAUUGGUUGGUUUGGAGCCGUUUGCUAUUGAGGUGUUUUCUAAGAAUUUGAUUUUGUAAAAUCCUUUAUUAAAUUUUAUUUUGAAUUCA